AUGGUCUCUCCAAACCUCACCAAAGCACUAUUUCUCCUCGCCACUGGUGCCUGGCAUCCACCCGCCUGCUAUAAUCAUCUCAAGACGGACCUAGCCUCCUUAGGCUAUGAUUGUGUUAUUCCCCAAAUGCCCUCUAUGGGCAACAACACAAAUGGCAUAACAUGGGAGGCUGACCGGGAUGAGGUUGUCUCAGUAGCAAUGGCAUACUUCGAUCAAGGAAGAGAAGUCAUCUUGGUGGGCCAUUCGUAUGGCGGGGUGCCAGCCACUGUUGCGACUGAGGGCCAAGGAGUUGAAGACAGGGUCAAGAAAGGACUUCUAGGAGGGUUCAGCAGCGUCAUUUUCCUCACAGCUUUUGCUGCACCUGCCCGAGGCACGGACUUGCUUAGCAUGUUCAGUGGCGAAUGGCCAGAAUGGCUAGACACAGGCAAGCCGUAUGUCAAAAACCAAAUCACUCGCAUCAACGAAAAGGGAAUCCCGCUUCUAUACAAUGAUGCCACCGAAGACGAAGCCCAAAGAAUCUUUGAUUUGCUGUUGCCGCACUCUCAAGAUGCUUUCGAGACCCCGCUCACUUGGUCAGCGUCGGAUAUCACGAUCCCAAAGACCUUUUUGAUUUGCGAGGACGAUAUAGCUUUUCGAGCAGAGUUUCAAGAGCAGCUCGUUAAAUCCAUCCCUGGCAUGGGAGAAGCAAGGAUUGCAGCAGGCCAUAGUCCAUUCGUGGGGAAAUCAAUGCAACUUGCGAGAAAACUCGUAGAAAUUGCUGAGGACAUAAUUUAG